AGCAUCAUUAAACAUGGCCGCUUCCUUUGUCGGCUAGCGCAGUUAAUGCACUUAUUUAAAAAGGAAACAACUGCUGCAUUCGUAAAUUUGUGACACUGGUCGUAGUUAAUUGCUGUUGAAGCGACGAAGUAAAUAAGCAUUUUGACUGGCUCCCAGAGUUUAUAGGAUUUCUAAAGGCCAUGCUAUCCGCACAGUGAGGUACUCAGAGCUGCAUCAUGGAGCUUUCUUCAGAGAAGGGGGAAAGUCAGACCCCCGGUGUCAUCGACAUGACUACCAGUGAGAAGGUUGUGGAGCUUCUAAAUCAGGCCGCUUUGAUACCCACAGAUGAAAAGCUAGCUGUGCUCAAACAGGUCCAGGAGCUUAUCAUCAACAAGGAUCCAUCUCUUCUUGACAAUUUUUUGGAUGAGAUGAUCGCCUUUCAGACUGACAAGUCUAUUGAAGUGAGGAAGUUUGUCAUUGGGUUCAUAGAAGAAGCAUGUAAAAGGGACAACGAGCUUCUCCUCAGACUGAUUGCCAACCUGAACAUGCUGCUGAAGGAUGAAAGUGUGAAUGUGGUGAAGAAAGCCAUCCUCACACUUACACAGCUGUACAAAGUCACUCUACAGUGGUUGGUGCGCUCCAAAGCCGUAUCAGAGAUGCAGGAGGCGUGCUGGGAUUUGGUCACGCAAAUGAAAGGGGAUGUUUUGGCCUUGCUGGACUCUGAGAACGACGGCGUUCGCACUCAUGCCAUCAAGUUCACAGAAUCAUUAAUCAUCACUUUGUCACCGCGGACAUCUGAGUCCGACGUCCCCAAACGUCAGGAAGGCGACAUCAGCCUGGACAAAGUUCCCAGAGAUCAUUCAUACAUUCGCUACGAUGUUUUGUGUGAGGAGGGAAAGACUGCACUGGAGAAACUGUUGAAGUUUAUGGUUCACCCAGCUAUUUCCAGCAUCAACCUCACCACAGCCCUGGGUUCCCUGGCCACUAUUGCCCGCCAGAGACCAAUGUUUAUGUCAGAGGUGGUGCAGGCAUAUGAGACACUGCAUGCAAACCUACCACCUACUCUGGCCAAGUCUCAGGUCAGCAGUGUGCGUAAGAAUCUGAAGCUGCACCUUGUGGCGGUGCUUAAACAUCCCUGCAGCCUGGAGUUCCAAGGUCAAAUCAGCACAUUGCUGCUGGACCUGGGAAUGCCCCAGAGUGAAAUAACCCGCUCAACACCCGCACCACGUGAGCAGCGCAAGAGGCCUCGCCACGAACAAUACACAGAGGGGAAAAAGGUCAAGAUGGAGCCGGCCCUGAUUGAAGAUGACGAGGACAAAGAGGAGCCAGCCCCUACAUCGGUCCCUAAGCCAGCUGCUGUUCCAGUCACGCAGUCUGCAAUCGACCUCACAGCUGAGUUCCUGCGCCCACUGCUUAGCCCUGAGAAUGUAGCCAACCUGGUGCUCAUUAGCAUGGUGUAUCUGCCUGAUGUCAUGCCAGCAUCUUUCCAGGCCACAUACACGCCUGUUGAGUCAGCAGGCACCGAUGCCCAAAUUAAACAUUUAGCCAGGCUGAUGGCCACGCAGAUGACAGCUGCUGGAAUUGGUCCAGGACUCGAGCAGUGCAAAGCCAGAGAGGAUGACUUGGGCAAAGACGACGACAAUGAGGAUGAGUCGAUCGCUAAAGACUUUCUCAUCAAGCGCAAAGUUCCUGGCAUGAUGGUGGGCCAAGCGAUCUCUGUGGUGGGAGGUUACGCAGAAAAAUCUGCAGCAGCAGAAGCUCCUGCUACAGUCAAGAGGCUUCCUGAGCCCAUCCUUCCCUCUGCACAAACCAAGAUGACAGGGGCUAGUGGGAGAAAAAAAGUGUUUCGGUUGUCAGAUGUGGUCCAGCCUUUAUCAGACACUCAGAUUGAGAAGUUAACCUCCAAAGCAGUGAAGCGCAUUCUGCAUUCAGAGAAGGCGAUUGCUCAAAGUGGAAUGUCUCAUGUCAGAGUGAAGCUUCUCUCCAGACUCGUGACACAGUUUGAAGGGAUGAUGAAAGAAGACGUGCUGGAGUUUAUUCUGGAUGACAUCAGGACAAGGAGUGACCUGGCAUUUUCUCUGCUCUACCAAGAGUACAACACCUACCUCAGCCAGCUGCCAUCAGGGCUGCUGGACAGCUACGACCACUGUCUCUACACACUGCUGUCAGGCCUGCAGGAGAAACCUGAGCAGAGGGAUGGGCUUUUUACCAAACUGGUACUGGAGGCUCCCAUUAUAACAGAAUCAGCAUUGGAAGUCAUACGGCGGUACUGUGAGGACGAGUCUCGGGUUUAUUUGGGCAUGACGACCCUGAAGGAGCUCAUCGUCAAACGGCCCUCGAGGCAGUUUCAGUAUCUGCAUGUGCUUCUGGAUCUCAGCUCACAUGAGAAAGAGAAGGUGCGCACCACUGCCUUGGCUUUCCUGAAGCGGAUGUAUGAGAAAGACCAGCUCAGGGACUACAUAGAGAAGUUUGCCCUGAACUACAUGCAGCUUCUGGUUCACCCCAACCCGCCAUCUCUGCUGUUUGGGGCUGACAAAGACACAGAGGUGGCUGCCCCCUGGACUGAAGAGACGGUGAGACAGUGUCUGUUCCUCUACCUGUCCCUCCUUCCUCUGAACCACCGGCUGGUCCACGAGCUUGCUUCCGUCUACACCGAGGCCAUUGCUGACAUCAAGCGCAGCGUGCUUCGAGCCAUAGAGCAGCCUAUCCGUGGAAUGGGGAUGAACUCUCCGGAGCUGCUGCUUUUAGUGGAAAACUGUCCUAAAGGAGCAGAGACUCUGGUUACUCGCUGCCUGCACAUUUUGACUGAUAAAGUGCCUCCGUCUCCAGAGCUGGUUGAGCGGGUGCGAGACCUUUACCACAAACGUGUGCCAGAUGUUCGUUUCCUGAUCCCUGUCAUAAAUGGUCUGGAAAAGAACGAAGUCAUUCAGGCUCUCCCCAAGCUUAUCAAACUCAACCCGAUUGUAGUGAAGGAGGUGUUCAACAGACUCCUGGGAACUCAGCACAGUGAGGGCAGUUCAUCUGUGUCCCCCCUCACCCCAGGAGACCUGCUCAUUGCCUUACACAACAUCGACUCAACUAAAUGUGACAUGAAGUCUAUCAUAAAAGCUACCAACCUGUGCUUCGGGGAGAAGAACGUUUACACAUCAGAGGUGUUGGCGGUGGUGAUGCAGCAGCUGAUGGAGCAGAGCCCUCUCCCCAUGCUGCUCAUGCGAACCGUCAUCCAGUCGCUCACCAUGUAUCCCCGACUGGGAGGAUUUGUCAUGAACAUCCUGUCCCGUCUCAUCGUCAAGCAGGUGUGGAAGUAUCCCAAGGUGUGGGAGGGAUUCGUGAAGUGCUGCCAGAGAACGAAGCCUCAGUCGUACAGCGUGCUCCUGCAGCUGCCACCUGCACAACUGACGGGCGUGUUUGAGCGCUGCCCGGAGAUGAGAGAGCCUCUUCUACAGCAUGUCCACUCCUUCACACCUCACCAGCAAGCUCACAUCCCCGCCUCCAUCAUGGCAGUCCUGGAAGCACAUAAAAAACCAGAGCCAAAGCCUGCAAAGCCUGUCGUGGAGAAAGAGAUGGAAGCUUCUCCACCUUCUGCAGUUGCAGAAGAAGCUCCCACUAUGCCGCUGAAAGAGCCAGACGCAGCAGUCCAGCAAGACCCAGUCGUUAUGAAAGAGGAGGAAGAGCCAAUGGAGCAAGAAGAGGCUGAACCAGUGAUACAGGAAGAAAGCGUCAACAGUAUUUCACAGGUGGAGUUGGAGAAAGCAGCUGACACACCGUCACCUCAGCCAGAACCAGCUGAGGAACCGAUGGAGGAGUCGCAGCCCGAAGAACCCUCAGAGCACCAGGAGCCAGUGAAAGACGCUGAAACUGACGUCACAGAACCUGAAGCUGGAAGCGGCAGUGAAGAUGUAGAAUAAGGAUGCACUCAAAAUGAAUGGACAUUACUCUUCUGUGCAAAUAUCACACAGAUUUUUCAGCAUUUAAAAAAAACAAUCUCUGCUCUUUUUGUAUUUGUAGAAAACAGAUUGUGAGAAGUUUGUAUAUGAAAGCAUUCCGUAUGCCUUCAUGUCUUAAUGAGUUGGCUAAUAAAACCAAACACUGGUUUGACUAUG